UCCUCUCAUUCCCUCUUCAACUUCCAAUCUGAAGAAGAAUUCCCUUCUUUUGUUUCGAGAAUGUCUAACAGGAAGAAAAGCAACUCACUUUCUCCAACCACCGCCCUCUUCCUCCUCCUCGUCACCGGCGCCGCCGCCUCCUUCUCCGCCCAUGCAGCGACGGCACAGGGCCCCAUCCGGACGGUGGUCGUCCUGGUGAUGGAGAACCGGUCCUUCGACCACAUGCUGGGUUGGAUGAAGCGCCUCAACCCGGCUAUCAACGGCGUCGACGGCUCUGAGUCCACCCCGCUCUCCACCGCCGACCCCAACUCCACCCGGUUCUACUUCGACGACCGCUCCCACUACGUGGACCCAGACCCGGGCCACUCCUUCCAGGCGAUCCGAGAGCAGAUAUUCGGGUCCGACAACAUGUCGGCGGACCCGCCCCCGAUGGACGGGUUCACCCAGCAGGCCUACUCGAUGGACCCGUCCAUGAACAUGUCGAGGGACGUCAUGAGCGGGUUCAACCCCGAUAUGGUCGCCGUCUACAAGGCCCUCGUCUCCGAGUUCGCCGUCUUCGACAGGUGGUUCGCGUCUGUGCCGUCGUCGACCCAACCGAACCGCCUCUACGUGCACUCUGGCACGUCGGCUGGCGCCACCAGCAACAUCCCCGCCCUCCUCAACAAGGGCUACCCGCAGCGCACCAUCUUCGAGAACCUUUACGACGCCGGCCUCUCCUUCGGGAUUUACUUCCAGAACAUCCCCGCCACGCUCUUCUACCGCAACCUCCGGAAGCUCAAGUACCUCACCAAGUUCCACCCGUACGGCCUCUCCUUUAAGAAUGACGCCAGGCGGGGGAAACUCCCGAACUACACCGUCGUGGAGCAGCGCUUCAUGGACACCAAGCUGGCGCCCGCCAACGACGACCACCCGUCGCACGACGUGUACCAGGGGCAGAUGUUCGUGAAGGAGGUGUACGAGACGCUCAGGGCGAGCCCGCAGUGGAACCACACGCUGCUACUGAUCACGUACGACGAGCACGGCGGGUUCUUCGAUCAUGUUCCCACGCCGGUCCGCGGGGUCCCCAGCCCGGACGGCAUCGUGGGGCCCGAGCCGUUCAACUUCACGUUCAACCGGCUGGGUGUGAGGGUCCCCACCAUUGCAAUUUCGCCUUGGAUCGAAAAGGGCACCGUUGUCCAUGGGCCCAACGGGUCGCCCUCUCCGACGUCCGAGUACGAGUACUCCUCAAUCCCUGCAACAGUCAAGAGGCUUUUCAACCUCAGCGCGCCUUUCCUCACUAAGCGAGAUGCAUGGGCUGGCACAUUCGAGGGCAUCGUGCAAACACGCACUCAACCAAGAACUGAUUGUCCAGAGAAACUCCCGACUCCAGUCAAGAUCAGGAAAGGCGAGGCUAAGGAAGACGCCAAGCUAAGCGAAUUCCAGCAGGAGCUCAUGCAGCUCGCAGCGGUGCUGAAGGGCGAACACAUUUUCUCAAAUAACCUGGAGAGUUUCGGGAAGGAGAUGACCGUCAAAGAAGGAAAGGAGUACAUGGAGGAUGCAGUCAAGAGCUUCUUUGAGGCGGGUCUUUAUGCCAAGAAAAUGGGUGUUGAUGAAGAGCAGAUUGUGAAGAUGAGGCCUUCACUCACCACAAGGCCAUCAUCAAAACCCUAAAACAUACACUCCCCAACAUACAGAUGCUGUACAUGAGCAGAGCAGAAAUGUUUGAGCAUUGUAAGAAACAGAAACUUAAUAAAAUCUAAAGCUCUCCUGCAACGAAAAGGUGAGCAACAAACGAAGGUGACUAUUUUUGCAAGUUUUCUUGCUUCAUCACAAUUGCACAGGUGAUAGCACAUACUUCACAUGCUGUAUGUCCAAAUGUUCAUUAGUUCAUCAUAGGGAAAUUGACACAAAUGGCUCAUGAAUUUUGGCUUAAUGUGCAAUGUGGUCC